AUGUUCCGCGCGGCGUCGCGGCGCGCAAGCGCCUCCUCCACCCCGGCCCUGAGACUGUCCCAAGCACAACGUCAGCCCUUGAGCCGAUUAAUACACAAUGAUGCGCGGCCAUCGCUGCUUCUAAGGUCAUCCAACGCGCCAUCCCUCGUCCGCUCUCAACUACCUCACGUCCGCCACCUAUCCUACACCCAACGCAUCCGUCGAAUCUACCGUGAAGCUUCGAAGGGGAUUUUCCGCAAGAACCCGAUUCUCCUCCCUCUUGCCCUCGUCUCUUUCGUCGCUGCAUUCACGGCGUUCGGAUAUGCAUCUUACGUCGAAGCCACGCGGGUGGCACCGCAGUAUCACAAGUUUCCGGGUCCAGUAGCCGACACGCUGCGUACGGCCGUGUAUUACACCGAAAUCGACUUGAACCCGUUCAAGGCCUUAGACGCAUAUAAGGAGGCUUUGCGGACGGGCCUUGAGCUGGGCAUGCAUCCUUUCUCGGACGAGAUUCUCGGCAUCAAGCUGCAGGUGGCGAUGAUGUUGGAGAAGGCGGGCCUAGUGAAACAGGCGAUUGAGGCUGCUGGCGCUGGAGCUGGCAAGCCUGCCCCGUCGCCUGCACAGGCGAAGGUCGAGGCUGAUCAAGUGCAGGUCAGUGAUGAGGCCUUGCGCGAAGCGGAAAAGGAUCUUGUGGCCAUGCAGGAGUUUGAGGCGCGGCAGCGGGACCGGGCGCUGAAGAAGGUUGUCGGUAUGGAGAUGAAGCUUGCUGAGCUGUAUGCGAGCGAUCAUAUUCAGGAUGAGAAGAAAGCGGAGGCUGCGCAGGUAGCUGCUGUGGAGUUGAGUCUGAAGGAGUUGCACCGCCGACUGCAGCUCGGCUUGCCUGUUGGGGUAGCUGAUAGUGAUGAUGCGGCUGGUGAGCCUUGGUUGAACAUGGUUGAGAUUGCCACAGCGCUCGCUGAACUGGCAGCUACUUAUACUGCCAAAGAGCGAUACGAGCUCGCCAUGCCGCUUUACAUGCGUGCAUUGGACUUGAUCCGCCAGUCGGAGGGAAACUCGGUAUCGUGUAAGCAAGUUGUUUUGCUGAACGACGUUGCCACCGCCAUGACCGGUCAGGUGCAGAAGCCCACUCCUGGACAGAAGCAGGGCUCGCAGGACCAGAUCAUUGAGGCAGCCCGUCAGUGGGCACAAAAGUCUAUCGACGUAGCGGCGCGUAUUCAGCCGCCGCUUCGAGACGAGGAAUGUGAUAUUACUUGCGUCGUGGCGACUUACAAUCUGGGCGAAAUCGCAGAGCUCCAGAAAAAGCCAGAUGUAGCUCGCUCGCGAUACACGGAAGCUUUGUCUCUUGCAAAGGGCCUGGAUUAUGAAGACGGAGUCGCUAUGGCUAAUGCAGCUCUAAAACGGCUUUCCAAGAAAUAG